GAGAAACUUACAGGGACUCUGCAGAGCUAACCAUGGUCGUCUCAAGGCUCCAAUGCUGCAUGUUAUACUUUGCAUGCAUUUUCAUAGAAAGCUGCAUGUCUUUUAAGAACGAUGCCACAGAAAUCCUGUAUUCCCAUGUGGAUAAAAACAUCCAAGAGAGUGCCAACAGCAGUGCCCUGAACCAGGCUAGGAAUGGAGGAAGACACACGGCUAACUCUGCCAUGGACAGGACAAAUCCCCAUCAAGUUGGAUGCAGGGAGCUGAGAUCUACAAAGUACAUCUCAGAUGGGCAGUGCACCAGUAUCCAGCCUUUGAAAGAACUGGUCUGUGCUGGAGAGUGUCUUCCUCUUCCUAUUUUGCCCAACUGGAUCGGGGGUGGCUAUGGGCUGAAGUACUGGAGUCGGAGAAGCUCUCAGGAAUGGAGAUGUGUCAAUGACAAGACUCGCACUCAGCGUAUCCAGUUGCAGUGUGAGGAUGGCACGACUAGAACCUACAAAGUCACGGUGGUAACUUCCUGCAAGUGCAAGAGGUACACCAGGCAGCACAACGAAUCCAGCCAUAACUACGAAGGAGCUUCUCCAAUGAAACCCAUUCACUCUCUCCAACAUCAUCACUCCCACCACAACCGUGAUAAGAAAAGACUAAUCAAGAUGUCCAAGCACAUUCCUAGCUAGAGAAAAAAAUGCAAACCAUAGACUGAUUCUUAUGACUGUAUGUCUCCAAAAGACUGACUUUGUAAUUUCUGUUGGAAAAGGAAGCCUGGGGUUUUUUUUGUAACAAAGAUUGUUUAUAUGGAGAACACACAAUAUAACAGUUGCAUCCUAUUUUGUUCCACGUCAUUUUGAAGGACUGACGUAUCUUUUCCAGAGAAUAAAAAGGAAGUUUUGUAUCUAAUACUUUUAUUGAAAAAGUAAAAGGUGCUUCAAACAAGCUAUGUACUAGAGUUGUAUCUUAGAAUAAUUUAUAAAGUCCCAGUCUUGUAAUAUGGUUCUUAUACAUUUGGGCUCACAGCUGAAUAUUUUGUGGCAAGUACUUAUCGGUUGCUAAAGGGAAAGUUUUGCCUUAGAUAUUGCUCUGAAUGUGUUUAAAGGUAAAAAAAAUAACACUUGCAAUAUGACAAGUCAUUUUUAUAUAGGAAAGGUAUAAAUAUUUGGAACAUUAACAUUUGCUUUUUUUUUUAAAUAGUGCCCACAAUCAUUUUCCAAAAAGUGCCCGAAUUUUGACCUGGUGAUUAUCAGAGGAGGAAAUGUUGAUCUGCUAUAGCCAGCCCUAGAUUUCUAGUGCAAAAUGAAAUCAAUGAGCCCAACUACUGCCUAACGGACUGUACAUGGGAAUAUUUUUCCAAAUAAACUAGGGAUUUGGGCUUAUUGGGGUAUCUGCUAUACAUCUGCUGCAGAUCCCUACUGUAGACAAGAGAAGGCCAGCAACUCAUUGGCUGAUACCUGAGCAAGCUAAUAUAUGUCCAGAGGGCUUGUGUCAAAGGUGCUCAUAAACAUAGGUAAAUAAAUUCCUCUUAUUCUUGGGGCCAAAUAUGUGUCUUCAAAGGAAAGGACCCUGCCAUUUUCUGGUCAUCUCAUCACAAUAAAAAGUCCUGCCCCAUCACAAACAGAGUGGUGGUUGGCAAUUUAUCAAAAACUAGUAGGAUGCCUGACCAAAUACAUCAUGUGGGGUGUUUGAUUCCAAUAGGGAUAUAUCCAAUAAAGACACAAAAUACAGCUACAGCUACACAUAUUUAUUUGUCCCUGGAGUUAUACAAACAUCUACCACUCCAGCAUGACCUGCCACAAAACUCAUGUAUGCGACCAUUUUAAAGGUUUGAAAGCUUUCUGAAUGUGAUUUUCAUCUGUACAGUGCAUUUUGUUUUAUAGCUUUUUCAUGUAUGAAAGUAUUUUCCUACAAUUUGUAAGUAGAUUGCCACCUGCUAUAUUUUUUUUGUAGAUAAUGUAAAAUAAAUAUGUAGUAUUUGUGGUAUAUUUUUACAUUGUGAUAUUUUUAUUGGCACAAUAUAUUUGAAUGUUCAUUAAAAGCUAUUUUGUGCAAUCCAGAA